AUGGAUCUUGUGACCGGUUUACCGAGGACUAGGUCGGGAUUUGAUGCGAUUUGGGUGAUCGUGGAUCGCUUAACAAAGUCUGCUCACUUUCUGCCUAUCCGAGUAAACUGUUCUAUAGAAGAGUUGGCAAGAUUGUACAUCAAGGAGAUAGUUUUUGGGAGCUUUCCAAAGAGCCUUCGGUACGAAGCUGUGUCUCAGUACCGCAUAUCACCCGUAAACAAAUGGACAAUCGGAGAGGACUAUUCAGACGCUGGAAGAUAUGCUGAGAGCAUGUGUGUUGGAUCAACAUGGGAGUUGGGGACCGUUACAUGCCAUUGGUGGAGUUUGCAUACAACAACAGUUUUCAUGCGAGCAUUAGGAUGGCUCCAUAUGAAGCAUUGUAGGACGGAAGUCCCAGUCUCCACUCUGUUGAAGAGUUAUGCGAAUCAGAGAAGAAAACCGUUAGAGUUUGAAGUGGGAGAACAUGUAUUUCGGUGGGUUACAACGACAACUGGGAUUGGAAGAGCAAUCAAGACUAAGAAGUUGAACCCAAGAUAUAUAGGACCGUUUGAAAUUUUGAAGAGAUUUGGGCCCGUGGCGUAUCAAGUGGCUUUGCCACCUCAUUUGUCUAACUUGCAUGACGUAUUCUAUGUGUCACAACACCGUAAGUACACACUGGAUGCGUCCCAUGUGUUGGAGCCUGAGUCAGUUGAGUUGAAGGAGAACUUAACAUUCCAAUUAAUGCCAGUGAGGAUCGACGAUACUAGUGUGAAGAAGUUGCGAGGAAAGGAUGUUUCAUUGGUUAAAGUUGCUUGGGAGCGAGCAGGAUUAGAAGAGCACACUUGGGAAUUGGAGUCGGAGAUGCGAAAGGACUAUCCCGAGCUUUUCUCAGGGACAGUGGUUAAUCCUGCCUGUCGAGGAAGCGGUGGCGGCGUAAAUAUGGUGGUUAAUCCCACUUACGUUGAGAUCUGA